AUGGAGCGCUGGGACUCACUGGGGUUUUUGAUUAUCACUCUCAACUACAAUGUUACGUUUGUAGGAAAGAUCUGGCUAACAUUAGUAAUUUUGCUGAGAAUGACGGUGAUAGUGUUAGCGGGAUACCCCCUCUACCAAGACGAACAAGAACGAUUCAUUUGCAAUACUUUGCAACCAGGAUGCUCUAAUGUGUGCUAUGACAUUUUCUCUCCUGUCUCUCACUUUCGAUUCUGGCUCAUUCAGACGGUGUCUGUUCUGCUACCUUAUGCUGUGUUCAAUGUCUAUGUUCUGCACAAAGUAGCCAUGCAUAUUGUGACAGCACAUUGUUUGCCAUGUAGAUAUGAAGGAAUCAAGGCAUUAGCUGGCCAUACAGCUUUGAAGGAACUCUGCAAAAAUGUUGCAGUCACUAGACCAUCCUGCAAGGCAGAUCUUCUGAAUAUUCCUGAUUUUUCUUGGGCGUAUACUGUUCAUCUUUUUCUAAGAACACUGGCAGAGGCUAGCUUUGGAGCUGGACAGUAUUAUCUCUUCGGAUUUUUUGUUCCUAAACGCUUUUCCUGUUACCAGUCUCCUUGUACCAGCAUGGUCGAUUGCUACAUCUCCAGGCCUACUGAGAAAUCCAUCAUGAUGAUUUUCAUUUGGGGGGUGAGUGGCCUCUCUUUUCUGCUUAGCCUUGUUGAUCUAGCCUUUGCCAUCCAAAGAAUGGCAGUAAGAAAUGGACAAAAUAAACCAAUGGAAGGUCUCCAUGCAGAGGAUGAGCACAGUUCAAUUCUGCCUCCAGCUGACAAGCUGGAGGAUUCUCCACCAUCUCCAGAGGACAGAGGCCAUCAACAUCUAGUGACACAUGACAGUCAUACCAGUGAAGCGUCUUGCUCACUUCACUCUGAAGAUGAAGAAGAACUUCAGGAGGAAGAGAAGAUCAUGUCCCAGCAAACUGCCAUCUCUAACCUCAACAGUAACAGCAAUAAAUCCUGUAUAGCAGAAAGCCUUGCUGCUAGGCAAGGCAGUAAUGAAGUGCCCCUAUGUAUAAGUGACCAGCAGCGUAUUCCAUACAGGCAGCUGAGACAUGGGCAACAGCAAACCUUCACCAAAGAGGCUUCCCUGACCUUGAGACCCCAAGUCAAGUCCCAUCUUGGGGUUUACUCUUUUGUAGAUCAGAGCAAGCUUUUAGGGCAUUAUUCUUCAGUUGAGCUAAAAGCUUCUAUUGGGCAAUCAAGUUGUCGCAGUGCUGGCUACUUGAGAGCAAAAAAAUCAGAAUGGGUGUAA